AAAAGUAUCGCGAUUCUUCCGUGAGACUUGGCUCUAUAAGCCCCUGGAAACAAGCCUCGGAAAUCCCUUUCACGAAGAUGGCGCCGAAGGCGAAGAAGGAAGCCCCUGCCCCGCCCAAAGCCGAAGCCAAAGCAAAGGCUUUGAAGGCCAAGAAAGCAGUGCUGAAAGGCGUCCACAGUCAUAAAAAAAAGAAGAUCCGUACGUCACCUACAUUCCGACGGCCCAAGACGCUGCGUCUCCGAAGACAGCCCAAAUAUCCUCGAAAGAGCGCCCCCAGGAGAAACAAGCUUGACCACUAUGCCAUCAUCAAGUUCCCCCUGACUACAGAGUCGGCCAUGAAGAAAAUAGAAGACAACAACACUCUUGUGUUCAUUGUGGAUGUCAAGGCCAACAAGCACCAGAUCAAACAGGCCGUGAAGAAACUCUAUGACAUUGAUGUGGCCAAGGUCAACACUCUGAUCAGGCCCGAUGGAGAAAAAAAAGCAUAUGUUCGACUGGCUCCUGACUAUGAUGCUUUGGAUGUUGCCAACAAAGUAAGCUUCCUUUGCUGUUAAUUCCCCCCUGAAGUGCAAGUGAUGUGUCCAUUCUGACCAAAACCUGACUUGCUGAUUUAGUCUUAAAUGACUACACCCCUAUCCUUAAUAGGCCCUUUCCUUGCCUUAUUUUUGCUUUUUAUUCAUGACCUUCCAGCUUAAUCUUCACAUUUUGUCUCCCAGUAACAAAGCUCCCCUUUUGUUUUUCAGAUUGGGAUCAUCUAAACUGAGUCCAGCUGGCUAAAUCUAAAUAUAAAUUUUUUCAACAUA